AUGUCUUCUCUAAAUCCCAAUCUCUGCACUAAAAAUCUUACCAUUCGUCCCGCCGUCCUUUCUGAUGCUGCCCCCCUCGCAGCCAUUUUUGCCAACCCCCUCAACACCCUACAUGAACCGCGCAAGCCAAGCAACCCAACGGCAGAAGAAUACCAGGGCCGAAUCGCUAAAUGGGAGGACCUACGCGCUUGUGGGCAAGCCUACUUCCUCGUCAUAACUCGACGCCCAACAAUAGAGACGGGAUCACCACUUGCGGAUGGCGUUAUCGGCUUCGGCGGCAUUAACGCCAUCUCUACGGACGCUCAGGGUAAGCGAAUUGCGGACCUGGGUGUGCUGAUUGACAGCUCCGAGUGGAGGAAGGGGUACGGGCGGGAAGCGUUACAGGCUACGUUAGACUUUGCAUUCCGGAAGGUGGAGGGCGUCGGAUGCGAGGAGGCGUAUUUUGAGACAUUAGCGGUGAAUACGCCGUUUCAAGGACUAGCUGAUCGGAUGGGGAUAGCGAAGUGGAAGCGGGUGAAGAGUGAGGGAAAGGAGGUUGAAUAUAGAUUCAGCAAAGAGGAUUGGGAGGGAAUAAAGAAUGGAAGUGCCAAGGGCUAUUUAACCAUGGUUUUUAACCCCACCGAGUACAAGCUCCUAAGCUUCGACAUCUACGGCACGCUGAUCGACUGGGAAUCGGGUAUCUUCGAAUCACUCCUUCCUUUACUUUCAAAACUGCCGCAGAAUGAUCCGCAUCAUCCCGAUCAGAAUGCUUCGGCCGUAAACCGGAGUUUUAUUCUCACAGAAUUCACAAACUUCGAGUCCGCCAUCCAAACCGAGGACCCCACUCUUACAUACCCAAAAGUCCUAGCGACCGCCUACGAAAGGAUCGCAGCAAAGCUGCAGAUCCCAUUCAAUACAACAGAAGCUAAAGCUUUCGGAGCUACCAUUGGAAAAUGGCCUGCUUUCCCUGAUACCGUUGCUGCUAUGCAGGAGUUGGGCCGGCAUUACAAGCUAGUUGUGCUGUCCAACGUUGACAAUGCAUCAUUCUCGCGAACCCUUGCUGGCCCUCUCAAAGGUGUCAAUUUUGACGGGAUCUAUACUGCUGAGAACAUUGGGUCAUAUAAGCCUGAUCUAAGGAACUUCCAGUAUUUGGUUGAGCAUGCGAAGAAAGAUUUUGGUGUGGAGAAGGAUGAGAUUCUGAAGGUUGCACAAAGUAUUUAUCAUGAUCAUCGUCCAGCGAAGACGUUUGGCUUGAGGCCGAGUGUGUGGAUUAAGAGAUCUGAAGAUGAUGCUUCGAUGGGUGGGAAGUACGAAGAGUUCAAAGACGAAGUGCAGUUAGCUGCUGCUUUUUCAACGUUGGGAGAGUUUGCGGCCGAAGUGAAGAAGGGAUUUGGAGAAGUAAAGUGA